CACACGCGCGACCAACACCAACCAUUUGUGUAGCGAGCGCGGGCCGCGAAGGAGCCAUGUCAGCCACGGAGAAAGGAGAAGCGGCCGCUCCCGGCGUGGACCUCGACGAGAUCCUGAAGAAUGACGUGGGGCAGUUCGGCCGGUACCAGCUCAUCACGCUGCUCCUCGCGGCCUUCCCUGUUAUGUUUUCUGCUUUCGCGUCGGGAGAGUAUAUUUUUACUACAGCGAGGAUAAAUACCAGAUGUCUAAUUCCACAAUGCGAUGGACCGAACCCCGAAUUCGCGCCCUCUUGGGUCCUGAACGCGAUUCCCGGAACAAGCCAAACGUCCUUUGAGGGUUGUGAGAAGUACACUAACAGCUCCAACCAAGUCCCAGUCUCCCCCAACACCUGCCCCGCCAACCUCUUCGACAACUCUAGAACAGUAGAGUGUGAUAGCUAUGUUUAUCAGAAUUCGCUCAGUGUUGUAUACGAUUUCGAUCUUGGCUGUGACGAAUGGCGUCGCUCCCAAAUCGGCUCGAUCCGUACUAUCGGAACACUUCUGGUGUUGCCCAUCACGGGCUACAUCUCGGACCGCUGGGGUCGGCGCGUGGCGCUCACCAUCAACGCGUUCAACACCGGCUGGAUCGGGCUCGUGCGUUCCUUCGUCAACUCCUACGAGUGGUUCCUCGCGCUGGAGGUCAUCGAGUCGACUGUCGGUGCCGGCGCUUACUCCUCCUGUUAUAUUUUGGUGACGGAGCUGGUGGGUCCGCGGUACCGAGUCAUCGCAGGCGCCACAAUAUCCACCAUGUUCGCUAUGGGUCAAGUGGUACUCGGCCUCAUCGCAUGGGGAGUCCCAUCGUGGCGACCCCUCACACAGGUUCUCUACGCGCCACAAAUUCUAGUCGUCUGUUACUUCUGGAUCCUCUCUGAAUCCGUGCGCUGGCUGCUGAGCAAAGGCCGGUACGAAGAAGCCGAAGAUAUCCUCAAGAAGGUCGCCAAGAGGAAUAACAAAGAGUUGUCAGAGAAGUCGUUACAAGCCUUGCGUGCGACCGCAGAGGCUGAGAAGCUGGUGGAGAAGCCCAAGGAGCAAUGGCUUCCAAUCCUGGUGUUCAGGUCGCGCACGCUGUUGUCUCGCUGCGUAGUGUCACCAGUGUGGUGGGUGACCAACACGCUGGUGUACUACGGCAUGUCGAUCAACUCGGUCAACAUGUCCGGUAACCGGUACCUUAACUACGUGUUCGUGGCUGCUAUUGAGAUCCCGGGCUACUGGACCGCCAUCUUCCUCUUGGACAGGAUCGGUCGUAAGCCGGUGCUGAUCUGCGCGUACUGGCUCUGCGCCGCUUGCCAGUUUGGCUUCGCAUUCAUGCCUAAAGGUAAUCAAGUGUUAUCCUUAGUGCUGUACUUGUUGGGCAAGUACUUCAUAGCUAUCGUGAUGACGUCAGUGUACGUGUACACCGCCGAGCUGUACCCAACCAAGUACAGGCACAACCUGUUCGCCUUCUCCUCCAUGGUGGGAAGACUUGGCUCCAUUACCGCGCCACUCACACCUGCAUUGGCCCUGACUGUGUGGGAGAGCCUGCCCUCAGUACUCUUCGGCAGCUUCGCGCUGUUGUCUGGUGUGCUGAUCUUCACCACGCCGGAGACGCUCGGCACCAAGCUGCCCGACACCAUCGAGGACGCGGAGCAACUCGGCAAACAAAAACCAGAACCCUGAUCUCAUAUAAUAAAGUUGGAUUAAUAUAUC